UAGGUAUGAUUUCCAUUACAAAUCUCUCACAUAUCCGAUCAGACCACGUGUUAUAUUAAUUUCCCGAAUUCCGAGAUGUUCUUUUUUUUAAAAUUGGAAGAUUUUGAAGGGUAUUAUGUCUAACUUUGACCAGGGCCGAACUAAUGAAAAAACACAGAAACGCGUUCCGAAAUGGAAGAAACUACUGUCACUUAAAAAUUCUUCUGUUACAGUACCUUUAGAGUACUCUUCUAAAACUGAAGAAAACGAAAAAAUCAAAAGAAAGAAAAAUGCUUCACAUGAUGAUUCGUUCGAAAUUGAAAAGAAAAGAAAAAAACACAAGAAUAAAGAUAAAGUAACAAAAGAAGAGAGAAAGAAAGAAAAAAAAGAUAUACACAGAAAGAAAAAACAAAAGGUUAAUUAUGAAAAGAUAACUGAUGAAAAAGAUAGUGAUCGUAAUGAAAGUGAAAAUUUAUCUAUACAACUUCCAUUGGAAAAUAAUAAGACAAAUGAUUUAAAUUCGGUAUUAGCAAUUGAACAAACCAAACUUAAGAUACCAGAAGAAUUUACACAAACUGUCAAAGCAGGGUUAAAAUAUCUUAUAAAUUGGCGUUACUGCAAAGAACAAUGGAAAUUUCAAAAAAUACGUCAAAUUUGGCUGCUUAAAAACGCAUAUAGUGAAGAUUUACUUUCGGAAGAUUUUUUCGAAUUAUUUUUGGAUUAUAUCGCGGAAUUAUUAGGACAGUCGCGUGAUAGAACACUUGAAAUGGCUCAGGAUAUGAUCAAUAGGCUUGAAUCUGAACAGAAGGACGAUGAAACAACAGAUCAAAAAGAUGACAAUGAAAAAAGAAAGGAACAAAUCAAAUUAAAUAGAGCAAAAGCAGUAGUGAGAGUACUUUCGUAAAUACUAUAAAUUCUUAAUUCUUAUUAUUAAUUUAAUUGAAAAGUAAAGGGUAGGAAUAAAUCUUAGCUUUUAGUAAUAAAAAUAUGUUCAAAGAAAAUAAUUUUCGAACUUAAGGUGUUGUUAUAAUAUUAUAUUUCAAAAAACCAACUUUUGGAAACCCA